CACCUUUCAUGUCGAAACAGUGGGUAUAUUUGAAAUGGAGAAGAUUUUUUCAUUCAGUGUGUAAUUUUCCCAUCAUUUGAAACGCGAAUAUUAUCGCCGUACCCAAAAUUGUGGAAUUUCGCAAAUUCGUGAGCACCAUGAAUGGCUUUCUAUCACCACUCAUCUGAAUCAGUAUUUAUAGGAGACCAAAAGUGGAAAAUUACAGCAACUAUCUCAAACGGCAGACGCAUAUUGUGAAAAGGCGUGAGCAAGAUAAUUGGUGAACAUUGUAGUACUAUACGCUAUCAGCUAACUGACCGUGGCAGAGAGGAACAAAAAAAGCGAAAACUCAUUUAUGAAUAACCAAUGCUGAUUAUCAGCACUGCAGGACAACGUGAAGAUGUCAUCCGCUGCGCGAGAAAAUGUAGAUUUGGAAUGUUUUUUGGUUAUUAAACAUUCUUGGAAGGGAAAGUAUAAACGCAUUCUCUCUAUUGGAUCCGCCGGGGUUUCGACAUACAAUUUGGACAAAUUCGAACUCACCAACCGUUGGCAGUACAGCGAGGUUGUCAGUGUGCUGCCGAAUAAAUCAGGAAAUACGGCGUAUGAGUUCGUAUUGAAUCUGCGUAAAGAUAAAAAGAUUGACACUAUUAAAUUAUCAUCAGAAUACAGGAAUGAUAUUCUUACAUCACUGCUGAAAUACUACAAAGAGUUUUCCGACAAGCCAAAACAUAUUCUGGAUGAUGUACAAUGUCCUACAGAGUCCUAUGAAAGCACGUCGUCUCUCAUUUCUGCUACCACUUCCGGUACAUCGUCCUCCUGGGCGUAUAGUGUUAGGCUAAAUAGUUGGAUUAGGAUCUUUGUGUCGUCGCUGCUGCUGCAACCAAGUGUCAGCGAAUGUUUACCAUGCUGUGAACUAGAAUCUCAAAAAUUCGAUGCCUUCAAGUAUCACUGGUCAGGCACAACACUACCAGCGGUCUUAGAAGUAACACCAUGUUCGCUGGACCAGCUGGAUCCUACAACUAACACAAUAUUGGCGAGUUACAAUUACAAAGAUAUUGAUAGCAUAGUGGGCAUUCAAGAGUAUAGCGAUGGCAUUGUGCUCGCUUAUGGUGGAAACAAGCGGUUGCACCUGUUCCGGGUGGCCAACCAUCACGAAGUGGUACAGAUGAUGUUCAAUAAUGCCCAGCAAUAUUUGAGUAUCGAAAUCAAAAUAUUGAAGAAUCAGAUAACGCUCGAUCAGUUCGAGCGGGAGCGAUUCGGAGCGUUCAGUGGUGAUCAGCAUCAGACAUCGUUAUCUGAAUUUAUUGUACAUAAAAUCACUCCCCGACAUUCAGAGGCCAUGCGUCGAAUAUUAUGUUUGACGGACACGACUAUAUUGGAGCGAGAUCCACAGACUUAUAGUAUAUGCACACUGAGACCUCUGAUUGAGACUUUCGCUCUCAUCCGGUAUGAUGACAACAUACAAAAGUUCUCUAUUGAAUACAAAAAUGGGCUGACUAGAUCGUAUCUCACGAACGAUCGCGACUCACUGCUUGCCACCCUGUUGGAUUCCGUACGUUCUUGUGGCAAUCAGAAUGUCCAUGUGCGCAUCUCGAAAACUCCUCGUGGGAAACGUGUUGGUCCUUUAUCAUCUUCGGUGGACGAAGAGACGGAAGCGAAUCUCCUGCGAUACAUAAUUGGCUACUAUCAAUAUCCCGUUAAACGGUUUGAUGUGUUGGAGAGGUUCAAUGCAAACAUUCCUUAUAGUGGACUAAACUAUAGUGUUACCCAGGAUAGUUUAUUCUCCGAGAACAAAGAGCGUCUGAUAUCUGGCGCGCUUCAAGCACUGGUUGGUGGAGGAACUAAGGAGGAUUUGAAUCAACUGAACAAUGUGGAGUUGGAGGCUUCCUUUCACGUGUUGCGACGCUUGUUGGCUAGCAAAGUAGGGUUUGCUGCUUUCACUACCUUACCAGGUUUCCGAGAAGUAAUCGGUCUUCGGGUUGUAAAUGCCUUAAAGCGGAAUAACUUAGCUAUAACCUACGCAGCGAUAGACAUGAUAAAUUCUCUGAUGCAUCCUAUGCAUGCAGAUUACGAUCUGAAGCAAGAGCAGAUGAACAAAUCAUCCCUACUGCAUUCGAAGAACUUCCUCGAGCAAUUACUUGAUAUGUGGACGAAACACGUCAAUCUCGGAUCAGGAGCUUUAGUCUUAUCGGCUAUGUUGGACUUUCUGACAUUCGGCCUGUGUGUCCCAUACAGUGAAACAACAGACGGAAAACAGUUUGACGUUCUGCUGGAGAUGGUAGCGACACGUGGUCGAACAUUGUACAAACUAUUCCAGCAUCCAUCACUCGCUAUUGUCAAAGGAAGUGGAUUAGUUAUGCGGGCACUGAUUGAGGAAGGUGACACCGCAAUAUCGAAUCAAAUGCAGAUGCUGGCGUUAGAUGAAGCAGCAUUGUGUCAUCACUUAUUGGUAGCACUCUAUACUCCAACGCAUGAUUCUACGAUGGUCAGUCAUAGGCAACUCUCCAGACAUUUGGUGGGAUUAUGGAUUACCGAUAGCAAGGAUGCGAUGAAUCUUUUGAAGCGAAUUUUUCCGGCUGGAUUGUUAUCAUUUCUCGAAAGUGAAGAUCCCGUGCCAAAAGAGGAUGCUGAGGAAGAUAAACUCAACUUUCGUGACAACUUGAAACUCGCAGUACAACAUUCUAGUAGAAACAAACGUCGAAACUAUUUGAUCGAAAAACACCUGGAAGGAAUAAAACAUUGGGGAUUAAGUCUCAUUGAUCGACAGGAGAAAAUUCAACAGUCGCAGAAGAAUCGUCCGAUCGUUUUGCGAAACAGACGACAGAAGAAAAAGACGAGCGACGAAGUUGUCAAUCUUCCGUUAUUCUUCUAUCAGUUCAAUAAAAACCACGCGAUGCCUAAUUUGAUCUGGAACCAUAAAACUCGUGAGGAGCUCAGGGCUUCACUAGAAAAUGAAAUUCGGCAAUUUAAUGCGGACAAAGAUUUGGCAGGCAAUAUGCUGGUCGCCUGGAACUACGAGGAGUUCGAGGUCCAUUACCAGUGCCUAGCAGAUGAGAUAAAAAUAGGCGACUACUACAUUAGAUUGCUUCUGGAGAGGGACGAUUGGCCACAAAAUCUAGUAAAAAAUCCCAUCGAACUUUUUAAUGCUCUUUAUCGAAGAGUUUUAUGUAGGAAUAGACUAAACGAUGAUCAGUUAACGGUUACGUCGCUCCAAGCGCUUGCUAAAGUAUACAAAAAAUAUUACGAGGAAAUUGGGUACUUCAGUGAUAUGACCUAUAUACUUCAAAUGCUGGAUCGUUGUCUAUCUCCAGCGCUUCGCGAUGCAUUGAUUGGUUUAAUAAAACAUCUUGUUCUACACAAAUCCAACUGCCGUCCAUUGGUAGAUCAUGUAGGUUGUCUAGUUGAUCUAGUCACACUGGCUCAUCUGCAUACCGGUCGAGCAACGCCAAACACAAAGACAAAUGUUAUUGAGGCUGGUCCAAACAUGAAGCUGCAUGAGGACAAGGACUGGUACUAUAACGUGGAACGGGAAAACGAGAAACCGGAACGAUGUGGCCCGGUAACGUUCUCCGAGUUGAAAGAACUUUGGAACAAAGGUGUACUGACUCCCAGAACACGUUGCUGGGCCAUUGGAAUGGAUGGUUGGCGUUCGCUUCAACAAAUUCCCCAACUCAAAUGGUGUUUGAUGGCGAAAGGAUCACCUUUGUAUAACGAAACAGAGUUGUCCCAACAUGUGUUGGAUAUCCUUAUCAAAUGUACAAGUUUCUUCCCCAGUCGAGCUCGUAGCGGCGAAGCAGUUCUCAUUCCGGGACCUCGAUUAUCUCGGAAACUGUGCGAAUUUAUUUGCUUACCCCACAUCGUACAAGUUUGUUUGACUCACGAUCCAGGCCUACUGGAACGAGUGGCCUCAUUGCUUUGCCAAAUAAUGGAAGACAAUCCAGAAAUGUCCAAAGUGUAUCUAACUGGCGUAUUUUACUUCAUGUUAAUGUACACCGGGAGCAAUAUCCUUCCAAUUGCACGUUUUCUCAAAAUGACACACACAAAGCAAGCUUUCCGCAGUGAAGAGACAAGUUCACAAACUGGUAUUAUGCAACGCAGUAUUCUGGGACAGUUACUACCAGAGGCAAUGGUUUGCUUCUUGGAAAAUCACAGCGCGGAAAAGUUUGCCGAGACUUUCCUGGGGGAAUUUGAUACACCAGAGGUAAUCUGGAGCUCAGAGAUGAGGCGGAUGUUAAUAGAGAAAAUUUCCACGCAUAUCGCUGAUUUUACGCCCAAACUGAAGGGACACACGAUGGCGCGAUAUCCAUACCUAGCCAUCCCAGCGAUAAGCUAUCCUCAACUGGAAAAUGAACUGUUUUGUCAUAUCUUCUAUCUGCGGCAUUUGUGCGACACACGGAAAUUCCCCGAUUGGCCUAUUCCAGACCCGGUCCAAUUGCUGAAACAUACUCUCGAUGCGUGGCGCAAAGAGGUAGAGAAGAAACCAUCCCAAAUGACAGUCACCCAAGCCUACGAGGAUCUUGGAAUCGAUUUGGCGAAAAUUCCGAAACCCGAUGAAUCGAUUAUACGCAAAAGUUACUACAGGUUGGCUCAGAUGUAUCAUCCGGAUAAAAAUCCCAAAGGAAGAGAAAUUUUCGAACGCGUUAACAGGGCAUACGAAUACCUUUGCUCUCGGCGGAGUAAUAACGAUGGUCCCAGUCCAAGCAAUAUUGUUCUUAUACUUCGUACGCAAAGUAUACUCUUCGAUCGAUACGCUGAUGUGCUUCGGCCGUACAAAUAUGCCGGCUAUCCACAACUCAUCAAAACAAUUCGACUGGAGACGAACGAUACACAACUAUUCUCCAAAACUGUUCCUUUACUUAGUGCAGCUUCAGAGUUAUGUUAUCACACUGUUCACUGUUCGGCUCUGAACGCAGAGGAACUUCGCCGGGAAGAAGGCAUCGAAGCAUUGCUUGAAGCUUAUUCCCGAUGUGUUUCAAUCAUGGGAGCCGAUUCUAAGAGAGAUGCACUGCACUAUGAGGUCAUAUCCAACAUCACUCGUUGCUUCGAAGUUGCUUGCUGUUUCGAGAAUUGCAGAAAGAAGAUUCUUGAAUUGCCUCAGCUUAUUGUGGACGUGUGUCGAGUGGUUUACUUCAAACAUUCACUUUCGGUGAGUCUAGUUACAAGCCUGGCAGCGAACAAUUACGAACUGCAGUGUAAUCUUGUGCGGAACGGAGUCUUGUGGUCACUUUUGAUUUUCAUGUUCGAUUAUGAUUAUACGCUGGACGAAAGUGGUGUCCUAACCGAGGAGAAAUCAAACAAUCAACAGGUAUCUAACAAUUUGGCUAAAUUGUCACUGCUAGCUUGCGUAGCGUUGGCUGGAUAUCAUAUGACACUAUUGGAUGACCCGAAACAAAAAGUGGUUACAAGUAUUCAAUCAAAUCCUACCUCUCGGAGCGAUUCUCCCCAACAGCAAGCGGCUCGUAGUAACUCUCUCACGCAAUCACAACCCUACUCCCAAAACGCGUCCAACUUAAUACAGAAUAAUUCUAUGCUGAUCCAAACGGUAACGAACAUAGAUGGUUCCAAACAGGAAAAGUCUGAAUCGCUUUCCGUACGUGGAACGGCCGAAGCCGAGGAGUCCUUAGAAUGUGAAAAGGGACUUAGCAAUAGGAAAUAUAAAAUAUCCAGCGCCGCUCCAGCCAAUGUUAUAGUGAAAAAAAUACUAGACACAUUGCUGACUCCAUUUGUUGCAAACAAAAUGGUAUCCGACAACGAAGUCGAGGUUCUAAAAUUGCUGAAUUCGAACACGCGAAACCCAUACCUUAUUUGGGACAACGGAACCCGCGCGCAACUUCUGGAAUUUCUGGAGUUCCAGCGAACUAAUGGAUCCAAAGAACAACACGAAGAUAUCACCGAUGUGCAUGAACUCGUUAAAGCAUUCUCUUAUGAUGCACACAAAGAUGAACUGAAAAUCGGCGGUAUUUUCAUUCGUAUAUAUAACGAAAUGCCAACGUUCCCAAUCAUCAAUCCGAAAACAUUCGUCAUGGAUUUGUUAGAAUUUCUCAAACAAGCCUAUAACCACUUAACCGCGAAGAAUAUCAAACCUAUCCCACCACCAAGUGGUAGUAGUGUAAGUGUUCAAGGUAUUCUUAUUCCAACGAAAACUUGGAAGCCAUUAGUCCCUACAAAGUCCACCCAAGUGAACAGUAACAUAGUCAAUAAUAAUGCUGGCCAGCAGGUGAAACAACAAGAUAUCAGUGUCGUGCUCAGUGAGUACAGUAAAGCGAAACAACGAAGUCAAUUAGUGAAAUCGAGCACUAUUGGUUCCGAUGAUACAUCCAAAUUGUACGACUUUUCAUCAAAUCCCAAUGCGAUAAAUCACAUCGUUAUGACGUUGAAGGCUUUGAUUGCUGUUAUCAAAUCGAAUAGCAAUGUUGAGAUACAAUGCAUCGGUCAUUUUGAGAUGCUUUUCGGCUUCCUGUCAUCCAGUUUUUGCGACCGGGAUAAGAUUCUCAAGACUCUCGCCUUGGAAGUGGUGUGUCUCGUUUCUCGAAACAAGGAAUGUGUCACGGAGAUUUCAGCAUGCGAGAUAUUCGGAUCCUACAUGGUCGCCAUGAAGGACAAAGAUUUGCUAGAUGUGCAGCCUAGAGUACUUGAAACCCUCUCGGGAUUACUAAAUGUACCGAGGAUGGUUAAAGAAGGACACUCGAAGGGUGCGGUGAUAUAUUUGCUUGAUCUGUUCUGUAACUCUAACAACCCACAGAUACGAGAAUGUUGUGCGGAGAUCCUGUCAAAAAUGAGCGCGGACAAACUAAGUGGACCAAAGAUUCGUAUUACGGUUUGUAAAUAUUUACCGUCAGUAUUUCUGGAUGCUAUGAUCGACUCUCCAUCAGUGGCGGUACAAAUGUACGAAUCGACUCAUGAACAUCCGGAGCUAAUUUGGAACGAUCGGAUACGAAGCAGCGUUUCAGACGCGGUCCAUGAUAUGGCGUAUAGUUUUUACGCACAGCAGAAGCAAAAUCUCAAAACACUUUGGCGCGAUCCAGAAGUACUGCCCGAUAUUAUCUCCAACGAAUUGGUUGUGUCAGGUGUAUACCUGCGAUUGUACAUUUCGAACCCAGGAUGGACAUUGCGCAAACCGAAGCAAUUUCUAUCCGAUUUGCUAGAUUUCAUCGUGGAUAACAUUAGUCGAAAUGGAGUUGAUAAAAAUAUUCUGGACAUAUCCACGACCGCACUUGUGUUGUUGCUGAAUGCCCAACCGAACCUGGCCGAUUCGGUGCCAGUGUUAGGGCACAUACCCAAAUUCUUCCGACAACUAUCGAUUCAACCGAAAAGUGCACUUGCUGUACUUCAUCAGUUGUCGCUUUCAGAGAUCUGUGUGAGUGCAAUUUCUCAAACCGAUUGUAUCCUUGCGCUGAAGUCUUGCAUGGAGAGUCACAGGGAAAUUGUUGCAACCGCGUGUGAGACAUUGAGCAGACUCUUCAAAUGCCAACAUGAUUCACUUAUACGUCAAUCUCUCGAGUGUCAAUUGAUACCCUACUUGUUGGGUCUACUGGAGAGUCGAAUCGAAUCAGUCACCAAUCCAGCUAUGGUGAAGGCCCAAAUCGUUUCUGCUUUGAAGGCUAUGACCUCGAACCUAACCUAUGGAGACAGAGUAGCUCAUAUUCUCAAUCAAAAUCCUGUUUGGGCAGAAUAUCGUGAUCAGAAGCACGACUUGUUUAUUACCGAUAGCAAUGUGAUAGGCUACCUAACAGGCGCGCCCAACACUACAGCCGGAUAUCUGACUCAGGGACCCGCAAAAAAUGUUGAAGUGUUAACAUCCCCGCCGCCAAUUGAUCGUGACGAUCCACUGUUUGUGCGUGUCGGUAGCAAUGAUUUAUAAGCAUCAUCAGAACUGCGCUGGUUUUUGGAUCAUCGCACGUAUGCCCAUGUCACUCAGAGAAUGGUUAAGUUUUUUUUUCGUUCAAACCAUCAGCUGUAGUCGCCUGCCCUCAGCAUCAAACGAGGGUCGUCAUUUCAUCUAGUAAUUUGUAUUCUGUAAAUGAACUGAUGAAUACAAUGUUAGCUAGCAGAAGAACCAAUCACCAACCGAUUUACAGUGACGCGUAUACAUGUUUUGCAUGUUCUAAGGUAAGCAUUACUUUGUAAUUUACCAUAAUCGGAAAAAAAUAGCUUAUCAUAUAUUGCUGCUAACUAUAUUGAAGAGAACAUGGAUUUUUAAUAUAAUGUGAUAUUUUUAAUAAUGUAGUUUAUAUGAAACUAUCCUAAGCACUAUAAAAAGAAUAAGCAGAAAUAUAAAUGGGAAAAUAA